AUCCUGUUGUCACUCUUACGUUCCCUCCGACACAUGCGCACACAUCAUGAGCUGGUGAGCUCAGAUCCGAAUGCAGGCGGGAUGGGAUAGCAGCUCUGCAGCCUGUUACUGAGCAACAAAUCCAACCUGGCCUCACAAACAAGAUUUUAGCUCUUGUAAAAGGUGAUUCACCCACACACAGGAUCAACAACUGCCUGUGCUCCCAGCCCAGCUUGCAUAGUUAUUCAUGAAGCAACUUCUGACCGUCUUGGCUGCGUUUUCAGUGGUCGGCAUUGUGACUACAGAGAGGUCAUCAUGUGUGAGACGUGCAGUAUUUUCUUCUACAAACUUUGAGAACAUCCUGACGUGGGAAACUGAAGCAGAUAUUCCCCCUGGCACUGUAUUUGAUGUCCAAUAUAAACAGUAUGGAGAAAAAUCCUGGCUUAACAAGCCUGAGUGCCAGAGCAUCACACAACCUUUCUGCAAUCUCAGUCGUGAAACAGAGAACUUCACAGAGCAUUACUACGCCAGGGUGAGGGCCACCGGCCAGAACUACUGCUCCUCAGACUGGGUGCGCUCAGAAAGAUUCGAACCCAAACAAGAGACUGUUAUUGGAGCACCGGAAGUGGAGUAUAUUCCUUACGCACGGUCUGUAAAGUUUCUUAUCCGGUCCCCCUAUACUCCACUGAGAGGUGAGGAUGGCCAACAGCUAACUGUAGAGGACAUUUCUAGCAAAUUUGGUGCUGUGGAUUAUCACUUAACAAUAUUCAACCAAAGGACACAGCAAAAGUGGACAAAGAAUGAGCACAGCAAAGAAUUUGAAGUUUCCGACUUGGACCCUGACACUGAAUAUAAUGGAACAGUAUAUAUGUGCCUCUUCCAGAGAAGCAGCAAAGUUCAAGUAUUUUGGGUUAAAACACUAGCAGACAACACGUGGCUUCUCUACUGCUUCGUGGCACUCGGAUUCUGUGCUGGACUGGUGUUUGCUACAAUUAGCUACGUCAUCUAUAAAUACAUCAAGCAACACAGUGCACAGCCUAUGUCUUUGGACUUCAGAGGAAUUUCAUCAUUCCAGCCUCUUACACUGACAGUGGAACAUAUAAUAAAGCCCAUUAAUUUUUCCAAACCUUCACUUCUCAUCCCUGAAGUGCAGUUACCACAGAUCACCCAACAUUUGGACAGAGCACUGGAGCCGCCGUGGUCUUUCCCUCCACCAGAAACUGCCUAUCAGCAACAGAGGGAUGUACCCACCUUCCAGCUGCCCGCUGAGCCCCACUGCCUGCCAAGCCCAGCUCCUGCUGGUUACGCUCCUCAAACAGCCAAGGAAAGCCUUCCCAAGGGCAGUCCCACCAAAAUUCUGCCCCUAACCUAUGGGGUGUGCGUCGAAGGCACAGACUACGUCGACAAGAAGAGUUCGCAGCCAAACGAAAAGCUAAAGGAAGUUUCUCCAGAUAGUUCUGUUGGUGGAAAGCUCAUAACCCAGAUGCUGGACAAGAGCUGCAGCCACUGGAAUUACAAAGAACAGAGGCCAAACUUGGCGUUGUGGAACAGCAGUGACAAAAGGGAAACAGUUCUCUUACCAGGGAGUCCCGGGCAAACACAGCAACUGCUGGUGCGGACUGACGGGAUAGAAAGUAAAGUGUAUGUGUCCCAGCUGUCACUGUCUCUGCUGGAACAAGAAGGAUGCUAUAGACAACAGACAGCAGAACUGCCACUGUUGUUGUCUUCAGUGAAAGUUGACACAGACUAUGCUCCAGAGGAUGAAUCACUGUCACCUCUGUCAGCAACCCUCCUCUUCUCAGGCGGUACCAGUAACAGCUUCCCUGGAGAGAACACAGAGCGGUGGAUGUCGCCAGGUUCAUUCUCACAUCCUGCAAAUAAACUGCAGUUCCCAGAGACUCACGAAACAGAAACGUUAGCAGCAACAAAGGAGCUAAGCUGCACAAAACUGAAUAACGUUGUGUUCCAAGACACUAUCUCAGACCAGGGAAAUGGCACUGCUCUCACAAUGCUCUUCAAAGACUUGGACUUACAAGUGCUGUGGGAUCAGGAUUAAAACACAGAAUUCUAUUAGGAUGACAAUGAUAUUAAAAUCCAGAUUACGUUUGCUUGCAUGAAGUAGUAGCUUAUCCUGCAAACAGUGCAAAUAAACAUACCUAAUCGUGGAUAUAUUAACAUG